UGGUGAUUUUUGUUGAUCCUUUGUGACUGCGAAUUUCAGUCAGUCUUGCCAUCUUUCGGACGUAUGAAAAGUUUCGAUGGAUCGGCGGCGGUCCCGCUAGCUUUGUGAGCGGCGCUUUGUAGAGGAAUCGGCCACCGCUCCGUCUGCCUUUAUCUCCGGGGGAACUUAAGCGAAUGCGGGGUCGUUGUGAGUUUUGCGGAGUUAUUUGUAACUUGGGUGGCUCUGCCAAGAUCACGGUACAAAUAUGGGAAAAUACUUGAUCCUACCGGUUCUACUGCUCCUUGAGCACCUCUGUGGAUGCACAGGGAACCAAAGAGUUGCGAGAUCCGCCACAAUGCAAUUCACCCACUCUGUUUACAACACAACCAUAUAUGAGAACUCUGCUGCUAAGACAUUCUUAGAGAGCCAUGCCAAGAUGGGUAUCUACAUCGCUGAACCCGCCUGGGAGAUACGGUACAAAAUAGUUGCCGGGGACAACGAGAACCUAUUCAAAGCCGAAGAAUACCUCCUUGGAGAUUUCAGCUUUUUGAGAAUAAGGACCAAAGGAGGCAGCACAGCCAUUCUCAAUCGCGAGGUCAGAGACCACUAUGUACUCACCGUCAAAGCCACGGAAAGAGGCACCAAUUUGGAGGCUCGCGCGAGAGUCAAGGUUCAGGUACUGGACACCAAUGAUCUGAGACCCCUCUUCUCACCGACGUCGUACAGUAUUUCAUUGCUGGAGAACACGGCCAUACGCACCAGCGUGGCCAAGGUGACGGCGACAGACGCCGACAUCGGUACAAAUGGAGAAUACUACUACAGCUUCACAGAUUGGACGGACAUGUUUGCCGUUCACCCAACAAGCGGAGUGGUGACUCUUACCGGCAAACUUGACCACUCUGAGACCAAGCUGUACGAGCUGGAGAUCUUGGCUGUAGACAGAGGGAUGAAGCUCUACGGGAGCAGUGGCUUCAGUAGCAUGGCCAAGCUGACCGUCCGGAUAGAGCAGGCCAACGAACACGCGCCGGUUAUCACCGCCGUCGCUUUGGCCCCUUCUGAUGCAGACCGCGACCCCACCUAUGCUGUAGUGAUGGUGGAGGACAAUGAUCAGGGGCAGAACGGGGAGAUAGCCUCGCUGAGUGUGGUAGCGGGAGACCCUCUCCAACAGUUUAAAGCUGUGAGAAGCAGUCCAGGGAGCAAAGCGUACAAAAUCAAAGCGGUUAAGGAUGUAGACUGGGACAGCCAGCCUUUUGGAUAUAACCUGACGCUACAAGCUAAAGAUAAGGGGAGUUUACCCCGGUUUUCCUCUGCUAAGUUAAUUCAUGUUACCUCCCCGCAGUUUAAAAUGGGCCCAUCUAAAUUUGAUAAAACUAUCUACAGGGUCAAUCUCAGUGAGUUUGCCCCACUUCACACACCUGUCGUUAUGGUAAUGGCUUUGCCCAAGCAUUCACAGCUAAAGUAUGCUUUUAAACAUAAAUCGGAGAAGAAUAGAUUCAGCAUUAAUCCAGACACGGGUUUAAUCACCACAGCGGGACCCAUUAACGCUGAUAAUGCCCCCAGAUAUGAGCUUGACGUUAUGACCGCGGACAAAAAGGCAUUCACCAAAGUGAUCAUAGACGUGAAUGAUGUAAACAACAAUGCCCCUGAGUUCAAGCAGACAUCUUACAAGGCCUCAGUUGAUGAGAACGUUCCUGUCGGGACCAGCGUGCUGGAGGUCAAAGCCACUGACCUGGAUCGUGGAGAAAAUGGUUAUGUGACCUACAGCAUUACCAAUGUCAUGCCGCAGCCAUUUGUCAUCGAGUACUUCUCAGGUGUCAUCAGCACCUCCGAGGUCCUCGAUUAUGAGCUGAUGCCCAGGAUUUACAACCUCAAAGUCAGGGCAUCCGACUGGGGUUCCCCUUUCCGCAGAGAGGUGGAAGCAUCCGUCACCAUAACACUAAAUAACCUAAAUGACAACAAGCCACUGUUUGAAAAUAUCGACUGUGAAGUCACCGUGCCAAGAGACCACGGUGUGGGGGAGCAGAUAACCACAGUGUCUGCCAUCGACGCGGAUGAACUGCAGCUAGUGCAUUACAACAUUAAAGCUGGGAACGAGUUGGAUCUGUUUGAGCUGAACGCAAACUCCGGAGUGCUCUCGCUGAAGCAGACACUCAGUGACGGAGAGGCGUCCAAAGUGUCCUUCCAUGGUUUACAGAUCACCGCCAGCGAUGGUGAACAUGAGACCCAGUCCAUGGUUAUGAAUAUAACUGUCAUCACAGCGCGCAAGCCUGUCCAAUUAAAAUGUAUUGACACCGGCGUCGCGACCAUGCUGGCGGAGAAACUGCUCCAAGGCGGCAAGAUUCACACCCAAGCAGAACCCGAGGAUAACUUCAUGGAUAUUCAUUCUGUGAACCGCUUCACGCCACAGUUCGCUGAGUCAUUUCCGAGUGCCAUGGAGGUCAGAGAGGACCUUCCCAUCGGGGCUCGCAUUGUCCACUUGAGUGCUACAGAUACGGACAGCGGCUUUAAUGGGAAGCUGGUGUAUGUUAUUUCAGGGGGAGACACAGAGAGCCGCUUCAUCGUGGACAUGGAGAGUGGCUGGCUGCUGGUUAAUGCUCCUCUUGAUAGGGAAACAACGGACCACUAUACACUCAAUGUCACAGUGUACGAUCUCGGCAUACCACAAAAGUCCUCAUCACGCCUCUUGGAUGUCAAGAUCUUAGAUGCGAAUGAUAACAGCCCACAGUUUUUGCAAGACUCAUAUUCAGUGGAAAUAAGUGAAAAUACACCCGUGGGCACAGAAAUCAUCCAGGUGGAUUCAACCGACAAGGAUCUAGAUGACAACGGGAUUGUCAAGUAUUCUAUUUUGGGGGGCACAGAUCACUUUACCAUCAAUGAGGAUACCGGACUAGUGACGGUAAAGAAACAGUUAGACCGCGAGAGCCUUCCCGUAUAUGUUUUAAAAGUCGCCGCCCGUGACCAGGCUGUGGCCGAACCCCAGCUCGUCUCCACAGUGUUGUUAAAGGUGAUCCUGGAAGACGUCAAUGACAAUCCACCCAAAUUCGUGCCUCCUAAAUACCAGGUGAGGGUGAGGGAGGACCUUCCCGUCGGCGCAGUGAUCAUGUGGCUGGAGGCUCACGACCCCGAUGUGGGACCCUCCAGCCAGGUGCGCUAUAGCCUCAUCGACAGCGGCGAUGGACACUUUGACGUGGACAAGCUGAGUGGUGCGGUGCGGAUUGCGAAAACCCUCGACUACGAGCAGCGGCAGGUGUUCAACCUGACGGCGAAAGCCAAGGACAAAGGGAAGCCCAUGUCUUUGUCGUCAACCUGCUUCAUCGAGGUGGACGUGGUGGAUAUCAACGAGAACAUUAACAGGCCGCAAUUCCGCUCAUUCUUGGAUAAAGGAUUUAUCAAAGAGGAUGUACCGGUUGGGACCUCGGUGAUGAAAGUAUCUGCCCAAGACGAGGAUGAAGGCAGAGAUGGGGAGAUACGAUACUCCAUACGGGAUGGCUCUGGCCUGGGGAUAUUCACGAUUGACGAAGAGACUGGCAUCAUCCGAACACAGGAGCUGCUGGACCACGAGACCACCGCCCAUUACUGGCUGACGGUCUACGCCUCGGACCGCGGCGUGGUGUCGCUGUCCACCUUCGUGGAGGUCUACAUCGAGGUGCAGGACGUCAACGACAACGCGCCGCAGACCUCGGAGCCCGUCUACUACCCCUCGGUGAUGGAGAACUCCCCCAAGGACGUGUCCAUCAUCCAGAUAGAGGCCGUCGACCCUGACGCCAAGGCCAGUGACAAGCUGUCCUACCGGAUCACCAGUGGCAACCCCCAGGGCUUCUUCAACAUAAACGGCCGAACAGGUCUGGUGACGACUACUUCAAGGAAGCUGGACCGGGAGCAGCAGGAUGAACACAUUCUUGAGGUGACCAUCAGCGACCACGGCGUGCCGGCCAAGUCCACCACGGCGCGCGUCAUUGUACGCGUGCUGGACGAAAACGACAACCGGCCCCAGUUCCUGGAGAAGAUCUACAAGAUCAAGCUGCCUGAGCGCGAGCGGGCGGAUAGGGAGCGGGUCACCAAGCGAGACCCCGUGUACCGGGUGGUGGCCCUGGACCGCGACACCGGCCCCAACGCCGAGAUCUCCUACAGCAUCGAGGACGGCGACGAGCGCGGCAAGUUCUUCAUCGAGCCCAAGACGGGCGCCGUCUCCUCCAAGAAGUUCUCGUCAGCCGGAGAGUACGACAUCCUCACCAUCAAGGCGGUGGACAACGGGCGUCCACAGAAGUCGGCCACGUGCCGCCUCCACAUCGAGUGGAUCCCCAAGCCGCUGGUCUCAGAGGACGCGGCCCCCCUGGCCUUCGAGGAGAGCCCCUACUCCUUCUCCGUGAUGGAAAGCGACCCCGUCUCUCACAUGGUCGGCGUCAUCGUCACCGAGUCCUCUGACGUUGACGUGUGGUUCGAGAUCACAGGUGGUAAUUAUGACAGCCGUUUUGAAGUGCACAAGGCCAGCGGAACGCUGAUUGUGGCGCGGCCCCUCGACGCUGAGCAGAAAUCAAAUUACAACCUGACAGUGGAGGCCACCGACGGGACGCGAACUGUCAGCACCCAGGUGCUGGUCCGCGUCAUCGACACCAACAACCACCGGCCCCAGUUCUCCCAGCAGCGCUACAACGUCAGCGUGGCCGAGGACACGCCGGCCGACACCGAGGUCCUGAGGAUCGCCGCCUCCGACGAAGACGAGAAGAACAAGCUGACCUUCACCCUGCUGAGUAGCACGGACCCCUUUAGCCUCAAGAAGUUCCGCCUGGACCCCGGGACGGGUGUCCUGUACACGGCCGAGGCACUGGACCACGAGACCAUGCGCCAGCACACCCUCACCGUCAUGGUGCGUGACCAGGACAUCCCAGUCAAGAGGAACCUGGUGCGAGUGGUCAUCAACGUGGUGGACACCAACGACAACGCUCCAUGGUUCGUGGAUGCCCCGUACUCCGGUCGCGUCUUUGAGUCGGCUGCGAUUGGCUCAGCCGUGCUUCAGGUCACCGCUCUGGACAAAGACCAAGGCCGAAACGCUGAGAUUGUCUACAGCAUCGAGUCAGGAAAUGUUGCAAACACAUUUGCUAUGGAUCCAGUCCUGGGGACCAUCACAGUAGCCAAGGAACUUGACCGCAGCAAGAAGAAUCACUUUGAGCUCAUUGUCAAGGCAUCUGAUAGAGGAACAUCUCCCCUGUCCACCACAGCAGCAGUGCUCAUUUUGGUCACAGUAUCUGACAACGCUGCUCCGAAAUUCACUGAAAAAGAUUUUUCAGCAGAGGUCAGUGAAUCCGCCCAUCCCGGAAGCUUUGUGUGCUUGGUGACGGCCACCAGUCAAUCAUCAGUGUUUUAUCAGAUCAAAGCUGGCAACAUCAACAACGCAUUUGACAUUAACCCAAACUCUGGAGUGGUUGUCAUCCAGAGAGUUUUGGACUACGAAACGACGCCUGAAUACAAGCUUAUCAUACAAGCCACAAACAUGGCCGGGCUCGCCAGCAACACAACUAUGCUAAUUCAUCUGAAGGAUGAGAAUGACAAUGCCCCUUUGUUCCUCCAAAGGGAGUUCACGGGCAUGAUCAGUGAGUCAGCAGGCGUCAGCAGUGUCGUUCUGACCCUUGAGAGCACUCCGUUGGUUAUCCGUGCCUCCGAUGCUGAUGGCGACCACAAUGCAAUGCUUGUCUAUCAGAUCGUGGAGCCAUUUGCCCUCAAUUAUUUUGCCAUUGAUUCCAACACGGGUGCUAUCCGAACAAUCACAACCUUGGACUACGAGCAGAGGCAGGUUUUCCGUUUUACUGUCCAGGUACAUGACCUUGGAAUGCCACGUCUGUUUUCUGAGGCAGCGGCCAACGUGACUGUGAAUAUCAUCAAUGUCAAUGACUGCCCGCCACUCUUGAGCCAAGAAGUAUACGAGGCAAAUGUCCUACUACCAACGUACAAAGGUGUAGAGGUCAUCCAGGUCAACGCCAACGACUCUGACGCAAACGCACAGUUCCUCUUUUCCAUUUCCGAGGGUAACAUUGGCGACAAAUUCAAGAUGGAUCCGAGUAGCGGUGUGAUUGCCAUUCAGAACGUCACACAGUUGAGAAGCAGGUAUGAGUUGAAAGUAAGGGUUUCAGAUGGCAGGUUUGCCAAUACCGCCACGGUGAAAAUCAAUGUCAAGGAAAACAAAGAGCCCAGAUUGAAAUUCACAAGGGAAUCCUACAAGGCCUUUGUUCAAGAGAACUCUUCCGAGAGGAAAACUGUGGCUGUCAUCGCCGCAGUUGGAAACCAGGUGAACGAGCCCUUGUUUUACACCAUUCUAAAUCCAGACAAGAGGUUCCAAGUCAGCCACACGUCUGGGGUUCUAUCAACCACCGGGAUUCCAUUUGACCGCGAGGAGCAGGACAGUUUUGACAUCAUAGUGGAGGUCACCAGACAUGACCAACCGGAAGACGUGGCACACGUUCUGGUUGCCGUCAAGGUGGAGGAUGAGAAUGACAACACACCCAUGUUCAUGAACCUGCCCUAUCACGCUCUGGUCCAAAUGGACGCAGAAGAAGGACACGCCAUCCGCCAGGUCACAGCAGUGGACAAGGACCUGGGGAAGAAUGCCGAUGUCUACUUCCACCUCAAGGAACACCAGGAGCACUUCCAAAUCAGCCCCUCUGGAGAGAUCUCUCUGAAGAUGAAAUUGGACUCAGAGUCAUUGAAAACAUAUUCCGUCGUUGUUGUUGCCAAAGACAGCGGUGACCCAUCUCGCUCAUCUGAAGUAGAAGUCCCCAUCACUGUGGUCGACAAAGCAACACCCGUGUUUGAGAAGACUUUCUAUAGUGUUGAAAUCCCUGAGAACAUCCCAGAACAUACACCUGUGGUUCACGUUCAAGCCAAUGACUCUGAAGGCCCUCGCAUCGUCUACACUAUAUCCGAAGGGGACCCUUUCAAACAGUUUUCAGUUGAUUUCAACACAGGGGUUUUGCAUGUGAUCCAGCCAUUAGAUUUUGAGUCGCAUCCAGCCUAUAGGUUGAGUUUGCGGGCCACAGACUCUCUCACCGGAGCACAUUCUGAAGUGUUUGUCGACAUUAUACUGGAGGAUAUAAACGACAAUGCCCCAGAGUUUUUAUCAAAGUCAUACUAUGCCAACAUCUCGGAAGCCUCUGUCAUCGGCUCAUCGGUUUUGAAGGUGGCUGCGAAGGAUUUAGAUACAGGAAACAACCAAGAAAUCACAUACCAGCUUGUUGAGGAAAAGGGAAAGAGUUCAGAUUACUUCACUAUCGAUCGUACCACCGGAAUUAUCAGGACCGCCCAAAUGCUUGAUCACGAGGAAACCCCAAACCUCAAAUUAACGGUUCGUGCCAUUGAUGGAGGAAUUCCAGCCCUCUCAAGUGAUGUCACGGUUGCCAUAGAUGUCAUUGACCUGAACGACAAUGCUCCAGUCUUCACCAAGACACUUUACGAAGUGACAGUCAAUGAAUUGGCGCAACGGGGUCAUUUCAUCACCCAAGUCCAGGCUUCAGAUGCUGACAGCUCUGAUUCCGAGAAACUGUCAUUCUAUAUUGUUUCUGGAAACGAAGACCAAAGCUUUGCCAUGGACAAACACACAGGGGCCAUCAUUAUAUCAAACCAUCGGAGACCACAUAUGCUUCCUCUGUACAAUCUAACUGUGUCUGUGUCCGACGGUGUGUUUAGAAGCACGGCAUUUGUUCAAGUGACUAUCAUUGGGGCAAACUUCCAUAAUCCAACCUUCCCUCAGGUGGACUAUGUGGUCGAGCUUGUGGAGAAUUCACCUGUUGGAACCUUGGUAAUGGAGGCAAAAGCAACCGACGAUGACGAAGGCAUCUACGGGGCCAUUACAUACCACAUUGUGAAUGAAUUCGCAAGAGACAAGUUUUCAGUCAGUGAAAAUGGAGAGAUCUUUACACUUGAGAGCCUUGACCGUGAGAAUGCCGUUGAAAAGGUUAUCCCAAUUUCUCUAAUAGCACAAGAUGGAGGUGGAAAAGUUGGCUUUUGCGUUAUCAACGUUAUCCUGACCGAUGUCAACGAUAACACCCCGCAGUUCAGAGCAGCCGAGUACAAAGCCACGAUUGCAUCUGACGCCCCGCGAGGAACAUCAGUGACCAGGAUCGCUGCCUCGGACAUUGAUGAAGGAAGCAACGCAGACAUAUAUUAUGCGAUUGAAGCAGAUGUGGAAAGUGUGGAAGAGAACUUUGAAAUCCACCCUUCCACCGGGGUCAUUGUUACUAAAGAGAGCCUGAUCGGACUUGAAGGUGAACUUUAUGCGUUCUUUGUCAGUGCAAAGGAUGCCGGCAAUACACCCAGGCAGUCUGUCAUACAAGUAUACAUUAGGAUUGUUUCUCCUGAAGUGCCGGUCCCCAAAUUUGUGGAACCAAAUUACCGUUUCACGAUUUCUGAAGAUUUGCUCAUUGGCACGGAGAUUGAUGUCAUCCAAGCAGAGAGUGUCCAACCGGUGUCCUACAUCCUCCUUACAGGCAACACUCCAGAAAGUAACAGAGAUGAGGUGUUUGUUGUCGAUCCAGACAGUGGGGCCCUGAAGCUGGAGAAGGCCCUUGACCACGAGACCACCAAAUGGUAUCAGCUCACCCUGCUGGCCCAGAGCAAACACGAGAACCUCGAGGUAGUGGCGUCAGUGCACAUCAACAUCCAAGUCAAAGACCUCAACGACAACAAGCCCGUCUUUGAGUCAGACCCUUACGAGGCCGUCGUCGUGGAGAACCUCCCGGGCGGCACGUCUGUGAUCCAGGUCCGAGCCACUGACCUCGACACCGGUGCCAACGGCCAAGUGGUCUACAGCCUGGACUCUGAACAGAGCUCCCAGGAGAUCGCCGAGCUGUUUGCUGUCAACACCGAAACGGGAUGGUUGACGACGUUGAAGGAACUGGACCGCGAGAAGAUCAGCAAGUACACGAUCAGUGUCCUGGCCAUGGACAGAGGCGACAAGGUCCAGCACGUCACCGACGCUAAGGUUGUGGUGACGGUGGCCGACGUGAACGACAACCCGCCCCGCUUCACGGCGGAGAUCUACAAGGGGACAGUCAGCGAGGACGACCCUCCCCCAAGCGGAGUCAUUGCCAUUCUGAGCACCACGGAUGCUGAUUCAGAGGAAAUCAAUCGACGAGUCAAUUACUUCAUUACUGGAGGGGACCCGCUCGGACAAUUUGCCAUCGAGCACAUCCAGAACGAGUGGAAGGUCUCUGUCAGGAAGCCCUUGGACCGGGAGAAGAAGGACAAUUACCUGCUAAACAUUACCGCCACUGAUGGCAUUUUCGCUGCCAAGGCAGUUGUAGAGGUCAAGGUCCUGGACGCCAACGACAACAGCCCUGUCUGCGAGAAGUCUCUCUACACUGAGCGUGUACCAGAAGACUCCCCGGCUGGGAGACUCAUCUUGCAGGUCUCUGCAACGGAUGCUGACAUUCGCUCAAACGCUCAAAUCUCCUAUGAGCUCCAGGGGGCCGGUGCAGAGUUGUUCACCAUUGAUGCUGAUACAGGAGAGCUGAAGACCUCCCAGCCGCUGGACCGCGAGGAUCGGGACGAGCACCGGUUCCGCGUGCGCGCACUCGACGGCGGCGGGCGCUACUGCGAGGCCGACGUCCACCUUGCCGUGGACGACGCCAACGACAACCCGCCGCGCUUCACCUCCGACCCCUACGCCGUCACCGUGUUCGAGAACACCGAGACGGGCACCUUUGUGGCCAAGCUCCUCGCCAGCGACCUCGACACCGGCCUGAACAGCGACAUCCUCUACUCCCUGGCCGACUCGGCCGACGGCCACUUCUCCAUCGACGAGCGCACGGGCGUGGUCAGCCUGGAGAAGGUGCUGGACCGCGAGGUGCAGGCGGUGUACGAGCUGCGGGCGCGCGCCGCCGACCAGGGCUCUCCGCGGCGCCUCUCGGCGCUGUGCACGGUGGUGGUGUCCGUGCUGGACAUCAACGACAACCCGCCCGUCUUCGAGCACCGCGAGUACGUGGCCACGCUGGCGGAGGACGUGGCGGCGGGCACCCAGGUGCUCCGCGUGCAGGCGUCCAGCCGGGACGCCGACGCCGCCGGGCAGAUCUCCUACGGCAUCAUCAGCGGCAACGAGCACGGCAUGUUCAGCGUGGAUCCGCUCUCAGGCGACAUCUUUGUGAUCGAGGCCCUGGACUACGAGGCGUCCCACGAGUACUACCUGACGGUGGAGGCCACGGACGGGGGCUCGCCCCCGCUCAGCGACAUGGCCACCGUCAACAUCAACCUGACGGACGUCAACGACAACAGCCCCGUCUUCAGCCAGGAGACCUACAUGGCGGUCGUGAGCGAGGACGCCGAGCCCGGCAAGGCGGUGGUGACGGUCGUUGCCGAGGACGCAGAUGGGCCCUCCUACAGUCACGUGCGCUACUCCAUCGCGGACGGCAACCAGGGCAGCCUGUUCACCAUCGACCCCAUCCGCGGGGAGCUCAAAGUAGCGCGUCAGCUCGACAGAGAAAGGACGUCGGGCUACACCCUGACGGUGGUGGCGUCGGACAACGGGUCGCCGGCGCGCUCCAGCGUCGCCGCGGUCAACGUGGACGUGUCGGACGUCAACGACAACCCCCCGCUGUUCGCCCAGGCCAACUACAGCCUCAUCAUCCAGGAGAACCGACCCAAGGGCACCAGCGUUCUCCAGCUGUCUGUCAGCGACCGGGACGCCACCCACAACGGCCCGCCCUUCCACUUCGCCAUCGUCGACGGCAACGAGGGCGACGCCUUCGAGAUCAGCCAGCAGGGGGAGCUGGUGGCGGUGGGGCCGCUGAACAAGAAGGGCCGAGAGCACUACCUGCUGCAGGCGCAGGUGUCAGACAGCGGGAAGCCCCAGCUGCUGUCCACGGCCUUCAUCAGCGUGCGGGUGAUCGAGGAGAGCGUGUACCCGCCCGCCGUCCUGCCGCUGGACAUCUUCAUCUCCACGGCCGACGACGAGUACCCCGGCGGCGUCCUGGGCAAGAUCCACGCCACGGACCAGGACAUCUACGACACCCUGACCUACAGCCUGGCGCCCGCCCCCCAGGACGGGCUCCCCUUCACCGUGUCGGCCUCGGACGGCAAGGUGAUCGCCCGGCAGCCGCUGGACGUGGGCCACUACCCGCUUAAUGUGACGGUGACGGACGGGCGCUUCACCACGCCGGCCGACGUCACGGUGCACGUGCGGCAGGCCACGGAGCAGGCGCUGGCCAACUCCAUCGCCGUGCGCUUCGCCAGCAUCGCGCCCGAGGAGUUCAUCGGCGACUACUGGCGCAACUUCCAGCGGGCGCUGCGGAACAUCGCCGGGGUGCGGCGCAGCGAGGUGCAGCUGGUGAGCCUGCAGCCCACCGAGGCCGGGGACCUGGACGUGCUGCUGGCCCUGGAGAGGUCCGGGAGCCCCUACCAGCCCCAGGAGGUGGUCUUCCGCAAGCUGAACUCGUCGGCGGCGGUGAUCGAGGAGAUGACGGGCGUGCGCAUCGUGCGCGUGGUCAUGAAGCUCUGCGCCGACAUCGACUGCCCGCUGCACUUCUGCGACGAGGUGGUCUCCCUGGACAAGGGCAGCAUGUCCACCUACAGCACGGCGCGCCUCAGCUUCGUCACCCCGCGCCACCAGCGGGCCGCCACCUGCCAGUGUGAAGGAGGGAAAUGCCCCAUGGAGAACAAGCUGUGCGACAACAGCCCCUGUCCAGAGGGCACGGAGUGUGUGGCGGACCAGACCGAGGCCUCCUACAGCUGCGUGUGUCCCCAGGGCCAGACCGGCCAAUGUACCGACGGGCCGUCCCUGACGUUCGGAGGCGCGGGCUACGUGCGCUACCGCCUGCUGGAGAACGAGAACAAGGAGGAGAUGAAGCUGUCCCUGAGGCUGCGGACCCUGUCCAGCCACGCCACCGUCAUGUACGCCAAGGGGACCGACUACAGCAUCCUGGAGAUCGUGAACGGCCGCCUGCAGUACCGCUUCGACUGCGGCAGCGGGCCGGGCAUCGUGUCGGUGCACAGCACGCAGGUCAACGACGGCGACUGGCACAGCGUCUCGCUGGAUGUGAACGGCAACUACGCCAAGCUGGUGCUGGACCGCGUGCACGCCGCCUCGGGCGCGGCGCCGGGCACCCUGCGCACGCUCAACCUGGACGACAGCAUCUUCUUCGGCGGCCACGCGCGGCAGCACGCCUCGUCGGGGGCGGGGCGCCACGGCCGCAGCCUGCCCGCCAUCAACGGGCUGCGGGGCUGCGUGGAGGCCAUCCGCCUCAACGGCCAGGAGCUGCCGCUGAACGCCAAGGCGGUGCGGCCGCACGCCGUGCUGGAGGACGUGGUGGACGUGACGCCGGGCUGUGCCCUGCUGCCCGUGGAGAGCUGCGCGAUUAACCCCUGCAUCAACGGGGGCACCUGCUCCACGCUGCCCAACGGAGGUUUCUUCUGCCGGUGUCCUGCGACCUUCAUGGGCACCCACUGCGAGUCGGCCAUCAGCCCCUGUGCCUCCAACCCCUGCCUCUACGGAGGCACCUGUGCCACCCGUGGGGAGGACUUCUACUGCCAGUGCAGAGGACAAUACUCCGGACAAAGGUGCCAGCUGGGUCCGUACUGCAGAGACAACCCCUGUAAGAACAGCGGCAAGUGUAUCGACAGCCUGGAUGGCCCCGUCUGCGAGUGCGAUUUUGGUUUCCAGGGAGACAGGUGUCUGACGGACGUGGACGAGUGCAGCAAGAGCCCGUGCUCCAACGGCGGCCUGUGCCAAAACACGUACGGCUCCUACCGCUGCAACUGCUCCCUGGGCUACGCCGGGCCGGCGUGCACGGUGCACUCCGAGGUGCGCAACGACUUUGUCUCCAACGCCUGGAACAUCGGCCUGGAGGAGGUGAUCGGCAUCGUGGUGUUCGUGGCCAGCAUCUUCCUGCUGGUGCUCAUCUUCAUCCUCAUCCGCAAGCGGGCGUGCCGCGGCGGCGCCAAGGGCCGCGACCGGGACGACGACCGCCACCACCACCGCAUGUCGGGCGCGCACCACGCCUUCAUGCAGAGGCCCUACUUUGACGCCAAGCUCAGCAAGAACAUCUACUCGGACGUGCCGCCGCAGGUGCCCGUGCGGCCCAUCUCCUACACGCCCAGCAUCCCCAGCGACUCGCGCAACAACCUGGACCGCAACUCCUUCGAGGGCUCGGCCAUCCCCGAGCACCCCGAGUUCAGCACCUUCAACCCGGACGCCGGCCACGGCCACCGCAAGACGGUGGCGGUGUGCAGCGUGGCGCCCAACCUGCCCCCGCCCCCGUCCUCCAACUCGGUGUCGGACAGCGACUCCAUCCAGAAGCCCAGCUGGGACUACGACUACGACUGUAAGUAUCCUAAAGUAGUGGACCUAGAGCCGUGUCUGAAGAAGCCGGUGGAGGACAGCGCCUGUCACCCCUACAACACCAGGGGCAGCAUGUCCGAGGUCCAGUCCCUCAGCUCCUUCCAGUCCGAGUCCUGCGACGACAACGAGUCUUUUCUGACUCAUGAUCACAAGAACUCAAGAGGAUAUCACUGGGACACAUCUGAUUGGAUGCCAAGUGUUCAACUUCCUGGAAUCCAGGAGUUCCCGCAGUACGAGGUUGUGGAGUCCCCCCCCGCCCCGCUGUACAGUGACCGGGACAGCGCCCUUGACACCGACUACUACCCCGGGGGCUUUGACAUCGAGAGCGACUUCCCCCCGCCCCCCGACCACUACCCCCCCGGGGACGAGCUGCCGCCGCCGCCCCCCCUCCCGGAGUACGGCCCGGACCGCUUCGACUCCCUGCGGCCGCCGGGCCGGGACCACCUGGGCGCCGCGCCCGCCAGCCCGGGCUCCCCGGGGGGCGUGCGGCAGCGCCCGGCGUUGCCCCAGCUCUACGACCUCAACCAGUACCUGCCCCAGCACUCCUACCCCGCGGGGGAGGGGGGCGCCGAGGCCCAGGGCCAGGCGGCCGCCUCCACCGCCGCCACCGCCGCCACCCCGCCCUCCGCCACCAGGGGCUCCCCCUCCCCGCCCUCCUCCACCACGGGGACGGGGGGCUACCGGGGCGGCUACCCCAUGGGCUACGGCCGGGACUUUGAGGCCCCGGCGCUGGACAACAUGUCCCUGUCACUUUACACGUCCACAGCCUCCUGCUCAGACAUGUCGGCGUGCUGCGAGGAGUCCGACGCCGUGAUCAGCGACUACGAGAGCGGAGACGAGGGCCGCUUCGGACGGACGUCCAUCCCGGUCCUGGACUCCCAGCAGCACACGGAAGUCUGACCACUGGAUCCAAACAAAAGUGCCUGAACCCAUGACUGAACCUUAACAACUCACACACGCACACACACACACACACACACACACACACACACGUACACCACAGCAACACAAAUCCUUUAACCUGUGCACGCACACAAUUACAGGUUUGUGAGAGAGAAUAUCACUGCUUGAAUAAUGCAAACGCAGUCGGUCUGAUAAGUGAAGAACGUCGUCAUCAUAGACUUAUCGUGGGGGGUCUGUUUUGGCCCCCAGGGGACUCAGGGGACUGGGCCCUGUCGUGUCCUCUUGUCGGACUGGAGGAGAAAAAACGAAGCGAUUAAGAGCUUCUAUGUUGACUGUGCCAUCUCUUUGAUCAACGGUACAAUUCAGACAUCUUUCACCCCGAAAUUCAUGUUUAAAUGUUCGACAGCGUAAAAAAAACCACAUCAACAAGGUAAUAAUCAUGAGAAAAUAAACCAUUUCAUGGUGAUAUCUGUAUUUCUAUAAAUGAAACCUGAGUAAAAAUGAUUAUUUUUUUGAUUUACAAGUAUCCAUUUAAAUGUAAAUUUCAAUGUACAGUUUUGAUUUCAAAGUUCACUAGGUUUUGUAGAUAUUUUAUUUUUAAACACGAGUUAAAUGGUGUGACAUUAUCAGCCUUACUGUGCUUACAUUCACGAAAACAAAAAAAUGAAUGUUGAAAAAGAAACGAAAGUAGAGUGAGACUUUUCGAAAAGAAAACGUAACUGUAAAAGAUUUUAUUUCCUGCUCAUUUCAACAAGGGUCUUCAAUGAGCGACUGCAUAUUCUUGUGUUUUUCUCUUCUUUUUUUUAUGGUUUGUUUGUAAAUGCGACUUUGAAACCUCUUUAUUUUUCCACCAAGAAAAUGGGACCCAAUAUAUUUAUAGUGCAACGUUAUCCAUGGACACACGACUUUUUAUGUGUCCGUGUGUGUGAGCAAUGCUAUGGUCUUGUUAAGGUUUUUAUUGAAUACUGCCACGAGCUCACGCUUUCUACUGGCAAUAAAUUAUUCCUAAAAAAUACAUCCAGUGUGUUCUUUUUUGAUAGAAACCAUGUGUCUAUUGUGUUUGUAUGAGUGUGUGUGUGUGUGUGUGUCUGUGUGGU